AUGUACUUUCUAAUUUAUAGUGCCAUAUUCUGGACAUUGUACUUUAUCUAUCAAUAUAAGAAUAAUCAGGAAUUUAAACAAAAAUUUGUCAAGUGGUAUUUGGCUACAUUCCACGGGAAGAAAGAGGCUUCUUCUUCAGUGCUAUCUGUUCCUAGUGAAUUUAAAGUUGAUUUUACUACAUACAAGUUACCAUACAAGAGUAGUGGAGGAAGUCAUGCUAAGGAUUAUUUCAAAUUUACACAAGAAGAGUUGAAACAUUAUAAUGGAAAGGAUGAAAGUUUGCCACUCUUGUUGGCAAUUAAAGGAAGAGUUUAUGAUGUUAGUGAAGGUAAAAGUUAUUAUGGAAUGGAAGGAGGUUAUCACUUCUUUGCUGGUAGAGAUGGUACAAGAUCAUUUGUAACAGGUUGCUUUGAUGAAGAAAAGGAGGAAUGCACAAGUGUUCAAUCUAAAUAUUCGGAUUUCACACAAGAACAAAUGCAAAGUAUUGAAGAUUGGGUCAAGUUUUAUGAUGAUCACGAAAAGUACAAAUUUAUUGGAAUUGUCACUGAUCUAAAAGAUCAAUAA